AUGUUCACAUCAAUGGCCAACCGUGUCCUUAGUCCAUCUCCAUGCGGCUCUGACCAAUGCUGGUCUGGAGGGAAGGUGAAUAUCUGUGAUAUCAGUGAAAUCACGCCUAUUGACCCCUCAAGAGGACAACUGGCUUGCUGGCUGUGGACUGCACUGCUCAGCAAGGGAUCUCCUUUCCACUGGUUCAGGGAGACGAGCUCUGCCUGGUUCCAAGAGUCUGAAACCUCAGCUCCAGAGAAAGACAACAGGGAGCAGGGAAAGAUGCAGCUAAUUCCAAGCAUGGGACCAAACCCCAUCCUUCCCAGCCUCAACGAGACCAGCUUGCACCCUGCCUCCUUCCUUCUCCUGGGCAUCCCGGGCCUGGAAGUUCUCCACCUCUGGCUCUCUAUCCCCACCUGCUUGAUAUACAUCUCAGCUCUGCUGGGCAACAGUGCCCUUCUCUUCCUAAUCCUCCUCGAGCGCAACCUCCACACUCCCAUGUUCCUCUUACUGGCCAUGCUGACUGGGGCUGAUCUGGCCCUAUCCACUUCCACGGUCCCCAAGACACUGAGCGUUCUCUGGGCACUGUCCCAAGAGAUCUCCUUCCAUGGCUGCCUGGCCCAAAUCUUCUUCAUCCACGUCACCUUUAUUGCUGAGUCCACCAUCCUGUUGGCCAUGGCCUUCGACCGCUACGUGGCCAUCUGCCAGCCUCUGUGCUACCCCGCCAUCCUGACCACUGCAGUCACUGGCAGGAUGGGACUGGCUGCCCUGGGCCGGGCCCUCUGUGUUAUGGUCCCUGCUGUCUUUCUGCUGGAGCGGCUGCCCUAUUGCGGUCACAGGAGAGUGCCACACACCUACUGCGAGCAAAUGGGCAUUGCCCGCCUGGCCUGUGCUCCCAUCAGGGCCAACAUCUGGUAUGGCCUGACCACCACCCUGCUGUCACCUGGGUUGGAUAUGAUGUUCAUCGGCACCUCCUAUGGCCUCAUCCUCCGUGCUGUCUUCCAGCUCCCAUCCCGGGAUGCCAAGCUCAAGGCCCUGGGCACCUGCGGAGCCCACUUCUGCGUCAUCCUGCUCUUCUACCUCCCGGCCCUCUUCUCCUUCUUUGCCCACCUUUUUGGCCAGGGCAUUCCCUGCCAUGUCCAUGUUCUCCUGGCCAACCUCUAUGUUCUCCUUCCCCCUAUGCUCAACCCCAUCAUCUAUGGGGUCAAGACCAAGCCCAUCCGGGAGAGAAUGGUGCACCUCCUGUCUUGUGUCCCUGCAGCUGGCAGGGGCUCAUGA